UUCAAGUUUAGGUUUUCUUUUGAAGUUUAGUACCCAAAAAAUAUGGGAAGACAACCUUGUUGUGACAAGAUUGGACUCAAAAGGGGUCCUUGGACUAUUGAAGAAGAUCAUAAGCUUAUGAAUUUCAUCCUCAACAAUGGUAUACAAUGCUGGCGUCUUGUACCAAAAUUAGCAGGGCUAAUGAGAUGUGGAAAGAGCUGUAGAUUAAGGUGGAUAAAUUAUCUAAGGCCAGAUCUCAAAAGAGGAGCACUGUCAGAAGCAGAGGAAGACAUGAUCAUCAAGCUUCAUUCUCAGCUUGGCAAUAGGUGGUCGAAAAUAGCGGCGCAUUUUCCAGGGCGUACAGACAAUGAAAUAAAGAAUCACUGGAAUACAAGGAUCAAGAAGAAGCUAAAGCUCCUUGGCUUAGACCCUUUAACACACAAGCCUAUUGAACAGUCUGAGAAGCUGGAAUUGCCAGAAACUUUAAACUUUCCACAGGAGCAGCAGAAUAUUCAAAUUUCAACAUCUAGUCCCAGCUUAGAUGAAAUGAAUGAGAGUAAUUUGGAAAUGGGAUCAAAUGAGUUGUUCCAAAAUUCAGACACAUUUUCCAGCGACAUGUAUAAUCCAGGACUUGAAGAUCCUUUCCAGAAUUGGAUAGAUAGCCCAAUUCAUUGGAAUCUUUUCGACAACUUAGACGACAAUUUUCUAUGAGAAUCUAUUUAGAUCAAUUAUUCCCUUGCUUCCGGUUAUGACGUUGGUCGGAUCUUCUAAAUUGCGAAUGUAUGCUUCCACUAUUCUUCUUGAGUUGAGUAUUAAGAAAUAUAUCUAUUCAGUUCAACUGCAACAUUAUUUGGUAUUUGGACAGAUGGUUCUUGUUUGAAUAAAAAGCUUCAUG